UUUAUAUUGUACCGUCGACUUCGGCAACUCUUUCGAUAUAUAAUAGAGGGGAGUGGUUUCAACACUCUUUUGUUCUGCUUUUGCGUGUGAUCUCCGCGAGAGUCGUAUUCCAGUCCGCUGCUGCAAGGUAAGAACACGAAAAAGAUCUGGUCGUGGCUCUCGAAGCAAGUUAGCUUUUGUUUCGACGUUCCCUUCGACAGUUGCAGUGUUCAUGUCUGAUCUAGAAGCACAGAUCCCAUCUGCUUUUGAUCCUUUUGCUGAUGCAAAUGCUGAUGACUCUGGUGCCGGCACAAAGGAUUAUGUGCAUAUCCGCAUACAGCAGCGGAAUGGCAGGAAGAGUCUGACCACAGUGCAAGGACUCAAGAAAGAGUUUAGCUAUAACAAGAUCUUGAAGGAUCUGAAAAAGGAAUUCUGCUGUAAUGGUACUGUGGUUCAGGACCCAGAGCUGGGCCAGGUCAUUCAACUUCAAGGUGAUCAACGAAAGAAUGCUUCAAAUUUCUUAGUUCAGGCUGGAAUUGUGAAGAAGGAGCACAUUAAAAUUCAUGGUUUCUAAGCAGUUGCGUAUCGGGCUCAAGUAAUUUACCAGUAAGACAUAUAUCAUCUAGCUUGCCUCUGGUUGAAUGGUUCCAGACACUUUGCUGUAGCUGUAGGAGAGCCCACUGCCGGAUGGAUACUCUCUUUAAACAUAUAUUUAUACAAAGGACAUAGUGUGUGUUUAAAUAUCUUUGCUGUAACCUUGUUUAGAUAUCUUGGGAGUGAUAUCGUUCAGUGUGGUUAGCACCUUUGCUUUGCA